CAUGCGAAGGGAUAAUUUGUGUGUUAGUGGCGUACAGAAGCUAAAGUUGAUCCAAAGUGCUCGUGAAAAAAUGACAAAAUCUACGAUGAAAAGUGAUCGAAGUUGUUCUAAUCUGUGUUCAAAGCGUCGAUGAAAGGUGUAGAAAGAAUUUCCGAUAAAAUUCAGAUUCAUUCUGACGGGAUGGAGCGUUGAAAAUUCCGGUCAAAAGUGUUGCGGUAGAAGGCAAGUUUCGCCACGGUUCAGGAUAUUGAACGCCUGUCGUUUUUCGUGCUCUUGUAUGCCUUCUUGUGCGUCGUCGUCGUUACACAUGCUCAGCAGCAGCAGCAGGUACGACGGCCUACUCCGUUGAGGGCUGGUUGAUGUUCGUCUUUCCCCUAGCUGUUCGACGAACCAAAUUUAUUGUCCUGCCUAGCGUUGAAGUGAGUAGACAUACGGACCGGAGUUACGAACGAACGAAGCAAGCGGUUGUGCAGUGCGGUGAAGGUAGAGAGUAGUUCUUCAGAAAAUGGAUCCGCUGGGCGUUGUUGAAGAUCUAUAGACUUGACUCAUAUCGUUGUGUGGUGGUUUUCGCUCUUCGUUCACUUCAAGUAGAUUUCAAGUCGGGGCCUGUUUCCGUGUGUGUUUCCACAUUGAUGAUUUCGGUUCACGGUCCGCUCGCGCGCACUGUAGAUACGGUUCGGUUUCGGGGUGUGCAUUAGUGAAGAAGCGGAGAUAUUGAACGAUCAAGACAACAAAAUGGAUACUGCAGCUGCAGCUGCUGCCCAAGCGUACGGAGAAAAUGCGACCUCCGGUGUUGGCCAAUCGGCGGUCGACAAAAUUUGCCGUCUUUGCUGCGCGGAAGGCCAGGCGGAGUUGAGCCUGCUGUUCCCGGACGGUUCCUCGUACGAAGCCAAUAAAUUAUUGCUCAAAAAGAUCUACGAGUGCACGACUGUUCAGAUCAUCAACGAGGGGGACGAUCAGAACGCGAUGAUAUGCGAGGCCUGUAUCGCAAAAAUCGACGAUUUCUACUCGUAUCGAGAGCAGUGCCGUGCAAAUGACGACCGCAUCCGUCAAAGGGCCGGCCAUCAUGUUCUACCCGAAAUCCACAUCAAGCAGGAGAAAGAUCUGCAAUUGGAGAUUAAUAUCGCCGAGCCACAAACCUUGACGGCUGCCUGCGAGGAUGGAUUUCAACAGCAGGAAGACUCAUCACAUCCCAGGCCAACGACGACAUCGAACGAGUUUCAUGAUGGUCCGGAACAUGCUUCAGUGGGCAAAGAUGAAGAUAGCCUACUGCAACCUAUGGGCUCAAAAAAUCGUAGUCCUCCCGACCUGAACCAAGAGAUUAUUGUUAAACGGGAAGUCAUAGUGGACGACGAUGAGGUGUACUACAACAGCGACGGUGAAGCUGUUACUGUACCGGCUCACCUCAAACAGAAUGCAGAAUCUCACAAGCCAGUUGGUAUCACUGAUGCCAGUAGCAGUAGUGGUAAAAAGUCAAACUUCCGUAUAAUAAUGACUCCCACCAAUCGAGAACGGUUGGUGUAUAAAGGGUUCCUAUAUUGUCGACAUUUCAGUCGCCGGGAUGGCUCCGUCCAUUGGCGUUGCCGACUCGGUGGCUGCCAAGCUGCCGUAAACCUAAAUCUGGACAACACCAUAACUCCUGCUAACAACAACCAGCACAGUCAUCCAGAAAACGCUCCAUUCGAGGGCGGUGUAGAAGAGGAGUCUUCUUCGCUACAGACAGAUAACACGGCUCUUCUCGAAAGCUUCGGAAUACACUACAACGAUGACGAUGCUGAGCUUGACGAUUCGAGCGUCAAUCUUUCGGAAUUAACCAGUGUAGGCGAGGAAACCCUACGAAUUGUACCUAAUAAAAAGAAGGGGGAGACCCUAAUUCACCUUGGGUUUAAGUAUUGCAAACGGUAUGUGAAAAUGGAUGGAUCGACCUACUGGAAGUGUAGAUCGAAUAAUAAUAAGUGCACGGCUGGUUUGUAUGUUUAUCCAGAAGCUAAAGUAAGGUACCAUGGAACGCACAACCAUGAAAAAGUGGUUGGAGAUGAUUCAGAAUAUGAUAUGGAUAGCACGAUGGAUGAUAGUAGUCUGAUGCAGCCUUUCACAAUAGUAGAAGAUGUGGAAGACGACGAGGACCCUACAGAACAGGACUACAGCGAAGAUAUGGCUGCGCUGUUGACGCCCAGUGUGGAAGUUAUGAUGUCCGACGAGCGGAAACAACAGCAACCUUCGGGUGACUAUGAGAUAACGACCAACGUAAAGGGACGAGAAUGCCUAAUCUACGAAGGCCAUCAGUAUAGCAAAGACCGGGAGCGGUACGAUGGUGCUGUUCUAUGGCGCUGCCGUCGAAAUUACGACAAAUGUCGAGCCGUAGCAAUAAUCUACGUCGAUGGCAGAAUUGAAACGUCGGGUGAUCAUCGUCACGAAACGGACAAGCGCUAUCUGGAGAGGCAAGAACAGGGCUUGGGAAGUCGAAUGUUCCGCAUUACAAAGAACCAAAGAGGAAACGAUGCGUUGGUCUUCGAGGGUCACCGUUUCAGCAAGGAGUGGUCUCGAGUGGAUGGCUCGAUCAUCUGGCGCUGUUCCUACCGAAGCGGUAUGUGCCGUGUCAAAGUGGUGCUCAACUCUGAAGCCUACAUCCACCGUAUGGGUACCGAACAUGAGCACCAGCACGAACAGACGGAGGCUCCGGUAACGGUCGAGUACAGCGACGAGGAAGAUGAGGUUCUGGACGAUUCGCUGGUUACACCGUCCAGAAGUCAACCAAAAUUGUCCCUUCUACCCCUGCCGCCACAAUGCCCGAAUUUCACAGCUGAACAGCAAAUGGCUGGCGGGUAUCGGAUCGUCAAGAAUCGUAAAGGUUUUGAGGCCUUGGUUCACGAUGGAUACCGGUACUGUAAGGUACGUGUCAGACAGGACGGUUCCAUCAAGUGGCUGUGCAAAAUGAAUAAGAAGACCUGUCGAGCGGCGGUCGACUUGUUCCCAGAUGGAACUAUUACUAAAGCGACCGAGUAUGAUCAUAAUCACGAACGUCCCAACGACAUGGACACGAUGGACGACGAUGACGAAGUUGACACACCUGGACAAGAAAUUACAUACCCAAUAGAUCCAGAGGUGUUUGGCAAUAGUCAAUGGUAUUACGUCAAAAACAGCAAAAACGGUAUCAGCAUGAUCCACGCAGGUUAUCGUUACACGAAAAAGUGCGAGCGUGUGGAUGGAACUUCGCUUUGGCGCUGCUCGGCAUCUCAAAGAGGAUGCAAAGCCGGUGUCAUUCUAUUUCCAAACGAUACGUUGGCAAUGGUAGAAAAUGCAGAACACUCGCACAAACCAAGCGAAAACGUCAAACCAACCGAUUAUGAGCAGGAAGCAGAAGAGCAAGACACAUCACAGACAGACGUGAUCGACAUCAGCGAACAAGACGAAGGAGCUAAUGAUUCCGACAUCAACAUGCACUCACUGCUGCAGACAGUUCUUGGUGGAGAUGAUGUCACCUGGAUGGGCGGCGCUAACAACGAUGCCGACAAUGAACAAGGCAACGAAAGUGUGUGGUUCAACAGUACCACUGAUCGUCCUUAUCCGCGACCACCGAACGGUCAACAACCAGACUUCAAGAUCAUCAAAAACCGUCGCAAUACGGACAGUCUCGUCUACCGUGGCUAUCGCUACUGCAAGAUACGUGACCGGGUAGAUGGAUCCAUUCUGUGGACAUGUCAAAUGAACAAAAAGACCUGCAAAGCGUCGGUCAAUUUAACGGUGGACGGUCGCGUCGAGGUGAACAGUGCCAGACAUAAUCACGGCAAAACCGAUCACGAUGAUGGCUUUGGUGAGCAUCCGAACGACCAGAAUGUAUCCUAUGAUAUCAGCUCUGACGUGGACCUCACCGCCGACGACAUUCAAGACGAACCAGAGGAAGAGCCCCCAGCUCCGGCACCACCGUUGAAACAUCCGGACUACUACUACAGUGUGAACAAAAGUAACAACGAGUGCUUGAUUCACAAAGGUAAUCGUAUGUCUAAGCGUAGCGAAAGGCCGGAUGGUACCACCAUGUGGAGAUGUUCCAUGGGUGGAAAUACCUGUAUGGCUGGUGUGGUAAUUCAUGCCGAUGGUACUCCGGAAGAGAAUUCCAUCAAGCAUAAUCAUCAACCGUUGGCCGAGUUGCCUCCGGAAAUAGAACGAGUUGCCAAAGUACCGCCACCACCGCCACAACCCGUGCAGCCGGUUAUCAGUGAGCCCAGCAAACUGAGUGCUUACAAACGCCAAGGGGAUUCUCUCGAAUGGAACGGAUUCCAUUAUCGUAAGAUAAAAGAGCUUCCAGAUGGUUGCAUAAUUUGGAUUUGCCAAGUAGACAGCUGCCGUGUGGCUGUCAAGAUGCUUCCAACUGGCAAGCUAAAGAUGCUGAGUGAAUCUGAGCAUAACCAUACGGCUUCCGGUCAACCAGUUUCUGCUGUUCCUGCAAUUAUGAAACCUGCAGCUUCCACAGCUCCCGAAGGCAGAGGACGUAGUUAUCGUCUGUUCAAAAACCAAAGAGGUCAAAUGACACUACUCUACCAAGGCUAUCGAUACUCUAUACGUAACAGAAACCAAGACGGUAGCUCUUCGUGGAAGUGUCGAUCCAAUAGCAGCUGCCGUGCCAUCAUAUUCCUAAUGCCGGAUGAUCGAAUUAUUCAGGGUAAUAAUAAUGCAGGACAUAAUCAUGAGCCUAACUGGGAAUCCACCAAGAAGCUGGAAUCUGUUGCUCCCACUCGGGUUAAUCCGCUGUACGAUUAUUUGAACAUUAUUCCUGGUGGAAGUAAUAGCCGACCUCCGUCGGCAUCAUCGAAGUCCCAGGAAACCGCCGUUUCCACUGCGACGAAUCAUGACACAAACCCACCAGAAGUUAACUAUGGUCGAAAUGUGGUCGAGCAUAAGAAUUACUUCUACCGGUUGAUCGUUCGCAAAAAAAACGGACGCGAAUAUUGGCGAUGCGUCCAUUUCAAGAGCAAGUCUUGCCGAGCAGCAUUGUUCUGCCGAGAUAAUGGCACAAUUGUAACGUCCACCAACGGCAAGGAUCACAAUCACAAAUGUGGUGCGGAUGCCAGACCACUUCCCCACUCCCAACACAAUGCAGCGCACAAAUCAAUGACUUCAGUGGGCUUACUAGAAGCAGCGCGAUCUGCAGCUCAACCGUCGCCCUUGGAGGAAGUGCAGCUAACUGACGUUGACGAAGAGCGAUACAUUGACCAUGGUGAAUACGUUAUCGCCAAAAAUCGUAAAGAUCAAAAUACGCUUAUCUACAAGGACCGCCGGUAUUAUCUGUCCUACAAUCGAAGCGAUGGAUCCGCAGUUUGGCGCUGUGCCCAUCGAAAACGCUACAAAUGCUACGCUUAUGUGAGACUUCGACCGGACGGACGCUUGCUAAGUACCGGAGAGCAAGAUCAUUCGCAUUCGAUGAAAACCGAGUUCAAUCCUCCGGCUGCUGAAGCGAAACCUGUCAAGAAUUACAAAAUAGUUAAGAAUCGUGUUGGAAACGAUAUCCUAAUACACGAAAAUCACCGUUUCCGACUGAAUUACCAAAGAAACGAUGGAACGACGCACUGGCGAUGUGUCUGGGCCAGAAGUAACCACUGCUCAGCUGGCGUGUAUCUGUUCGCUAAUGGAGUGUUGAAGAACGCUGCAAACGAAUCAGCGAUCGUACACAACCAUCCACCUCCAAGUCAGGUACGGAAGGCUGUCAAUGUGAAUGCGACAAUGGAACCAAUGCCCGGUCCGUCUUCUGUGCAGCCAAGCUCCAAUGCCAAUAACAAGCGGACUAUACCUGAAGAUGAAGGCAUAACGGAAUUCAAAUUUAUAAAAGAAGGUACCAACAAGGUACUCGUUUGUCGUGGCUAUCGCUACUUAUACACGUGGGUACGCAAAGACGGCAGUAUCUACUAUCGCUGCACCCAAGUUAAAAAUCUCCAGUGUACGAUGGGCAUUUUGCUCCUAACGAACGGAAGGCUAGUUCGUGCAGGAGAUCAGUGCCAUAAUCAUGAUCCUAGUCAGGAGGAGGAAGAGGAAGACGAAGACAAUGAUGUGAUCGCUAUCACAGAAGAAGUAAAUCAAGCGCCGGAAGAGCAACCAAUGGAAGAUGAAAUACUCGAACAGUAUGCUCCACUAGUCAUACCCCAAGGUGGUGAUAGUGAUUUCAAAAUUGCUAAAACUUCACGCGGCGAAUCGUUGAUCUACCAGGGCUACCGAUAUUGGGCGAAAAAUCGUUUGGCUAAUGGCAUAGUAUCGCUUUGUUGCACUCGAAAGAAAAUGAAGAAAUGUCCAGCCAUGUUGCGACUGCAUAUGAAUGGCCGUGUUGUUGACCCGAUUGGUUUAGGCCAUACCCAUCCCCCGAACAUUGAAGGAGGUGGCGAUAUCUCGAUGUUGCAGCCAGUGUCAGUCACAGUCGCUCCCAAACAAGCUGCUCCAAAGCCGGUGCUUAUCCCUAGAGAACAUGCGUUUGUGGAAAAACGUGUAGUCCCGCCAUCCCAGUUACCUGCGCUGUCAUUCAACGAGGAAUCCGAUGACGAAACCGAUGCAAACGACGAGUUAAUUAACGGAUCGAAAAGGUAUACAUUUAUGAAAAGCUCGGCCCAGCGUAAUUUCAUUGUUUUCGAGGACUUUGUAUACGAUUUUGAGCACAAACAGCACGACGGCUGCGUUUUCUAUCGGUGCAAAACCAGCGACGCAUGUCCAGCCACGUUGAUGCUGCUGAGCAACGGUCGUGUGAUGCAUCUGGCCGAUUCAAUGCACACGCAUAUGAAGCCCGAUCUGAGGAUCUUCCGCCCUGUGGGUCGAGGCUCGAAGGAAUUUAAAAUCGUACAGAACAAAAACGGAAGCAACAUACUGGUGCAUCGUGGCCACCGGUAUACCACUCCUCGAUCUAAGACUGAUGGCGCUGGCAUUUGGUAUUGUCACACGUACGUUCCGGAUAUCAACCGUCGAUGCUACGUUCCGAUUGAACUCCUUCCUAAUGGUCGAGUUGCUCCGGUGGGCGAUAAACAGCACAGCCAUAAUCCUCCAUUCAAAACUAAGCCUGAACCAGGUGCGGCUCACGACUCCAAAGACAACAUCGUCAAAGCUGAGCACAGCAAUGGCACUGCCGAUGUCAAGGCGACCAACAAUCGUAUGUUACUGCAUGGCGGACAUCGAUACAACUUUGCGAACAAACGCGACGAUGGAGCAAUUCUUUGGAAGUGUAUUGAAAAAACUUGUAAUGCUUCGAUGUACCGACUAACGGACGGACACAUUGUCAAAGGACCGGAACAUAACCACGAUCGAAUGGAAACGCUAGAUAACUCGAUGAAACGAAAGCUGUCUGAUUAUGAGACCAAACCGAAACACACCAGCCCAAGCGUAACCGACAGCGAUUCAAAGCUAUCGUCUACACCUGAUCAUACGGCAUCCUAUCCAAGAGGUAUUGCAAUAAGGCCGAAUCCCUACAUUGGAAAACCUAUCAUCCACGAGGGGUACCGUUAUAUAUACUACCUGACACGACGUGAUGGCUCGGAACACUGGCGUUGCAGCCGGAGACUACCGAUGAAGUGCCGUGGAGGAUUGUUCAAGCAAACCGACGGAACAUUGAUCAAAUCCAAUGAGGAAGGACACUCACAUCCUCCGUAUGUCAACAUGGACGAUUCAGUCUCCAUGUCGUUUGCGAUCACUGAAAUGUCACAAGAAUCGAACGAGGAUUCCGCAGAGGUGGUGGAAGAAGUGUUGGAAACUUCAACUAGUGCGGAACCGCAGCAGCAGAAGUCGCCAUUUGUAGACGAUGAAGGCUCAUACGAUUAUGAGCUCAUUGAUGUCAAAGGGAAGAAACGAGGAAUGUACCUUAUCCAUAAGGGUGCCAUGUUUGUGGCAGGCCACACUAGAAGGGAUCGAGCAAGGUACUAUCGAUGUCGAACUGCCGGCUGUAAAGUUGCCAUGUUACUACAUCGAAAUGGGUUGUUAGUGAGGAUGAACGAAAACACGCACGAUUGUCAGAACGCCGUCAAGACUGAGGAACACGACAAAGAAGGUGGAGAUGAUGAUGAGGAAGAACAUGUUGAGCCCAGCAAAAAGAAACAACGAUUGGAGAACGACGAAGCCAGUUCGGUACCAGCUGAGGACGACGAAACCACAGAAGAGAAGGAUGUGGAGGUGAAUGGUGAUGAAGAUCCCGUCGUGGAAGUGAAAGACGAACCAGCGGAUGGACACUAGGUCCGUUUCGUACUAUAAGCAACAACAGUAGCAGCGCAUUUGAAAGAAUACACACGCAUUAGACACUUAGACAGUGCCGCAACUGUUCUUCUACCAUUCGCAUAAUCUACUACUACAACAGUAUCCGUAAGUAUUUAUCUUAUUGAUGUAAAGUUAGUUCGAACAUAAAGUUGAUGUAAUUUCAUGUAUUUUGACCUGAGAGCGCAGCAAUAGUCUUAAUGGAACAUAACAAAAGUAAACCAAAUAACAAAA